UAGUUAACAGUGACAUAUUUUUGAUGUAAAAGCGAUGAAAACAUUGAAAAAGCAGUGGAGAGGUGAUUAAAGGGAUGAAACUAGACUAGCCUUCAAUCUUUGCAUUGCAUAUCAAUCUUCACAAACAUAUGACGAAUCUAACAGAACCAACCUCAGCCGCAUAACAUCAAACACCUAACACUCACUCUUUCACCUAACCAAACUUCGAUCCUCAAUACGAUGCCGGUUUUCAAAACCCCAUUCAACGGUUACUCCGUCAAGUUCAGCCCAUUCUACGAAAACCGCAUUGCCGUCGCCACCGCCCAAAACUUCGGCAUCCUCGGUAACGGCCGUCUCCACGUCCUCGAACUCUCCUCAAACCCCACUCUCCCAAUCUCCGAAAUCGCCGCCUACGAUACUGCCGAUGGAAUCUACGACGUCACCUGGUCCGAAUCUCACGAUUCCAUCGUAGUCGCCGCAGUCGCCGACGGCUCCGUUAAACUCUACGACCUCGCUCUUCCACCCACUGCAAACCCUAUCCGCUCUUUUCAUGAACACACUCGCGAAGUUCACUCCGCUGAUUACAACCCCGUCCGUCGUGACUCUUUCCUCUCUGCUUCAUGGGAUGACACCGUCAAAUUAUGGACUCUCGAUCGUCCCACUUCCGUUCGCACUUUCAAAGAACACGCUUACUGUGUCUAUUCCUCCGUUUGGAACCCUCGUCACGCUGAUGUUUUUGCUUCCGCUUCCGGUGAUUGCACUCUCCGAAUCUGGGACGUUCGUGAACCAGGUUCCACCAUGAUCCUUCCCGCACACGAUCACGAGAUACUUUCCUGUGAUUGGAACAAAUACGAUGACUGUAUUAUUGCCACAGCCUCCGUUGAUAAGUCGAUUAAGGUUUGGGAUGUUAGAAACUUUAGGGUUCCGAUUUCUGUGCUUAAUGGGCAUGGGUAUGCUGUUAGAAAGGUGAAAUUUUCACCGCACGUGCGGAAUUUGAUGGUGUCUUGUUCUUAUGAUAUGACUGUUUGUGUUUGGGAUUUUAUGGUUGAGGAUGCUUUGGUGAGUAGGUAUGAUCAACAUACUGAGUUUGCUGUUGGUGUUGAUAUGAGUGUGCUUGUUGAAGGGCUUAUUGCUAGCACUGGUUGGGAUGAACUUGUUUAUGUUUGGCAGCAUGGAACUGAUCCUAGAGCAUCUUAAGAGGGAAGGUACUAAAACUUAGGUUUAUUGAGAAUUUCCAAUAGUUUUUUAAGAUUUAAUGAUUGUUCUAAGGUUCUAGUGGUUCUCUCUUGUUGUAUCAAUGUUGAGGUGGAACAUGUAUACAAAAUAAUAUAAUACAUCACUUUCAUUGGUUUGUUCUCUGUUGUAUAUUGAUUUUGAUAAACUCAGACAUGAUUUUAUUGUUUAUGAUGGUUCGUCAACAUAAUUAUUCCCAUGAUGAGUUUUGUUUCAA